AUGAGUAGGCAAUGGAAAUAUUUCCUUGUGUUGUUGUGGUUCUCUUACAUCUUCGUUAGCGGUGUUGUACUGUUCAUGCGAGGUUUCUUGCUGCACAAGAAAGUCUACCUGGACAAAUCCACGUGCGAGUCGCAGGCGGGAAGCACCUGCAGCAAGGAGCACGGCUGGUGCCGGGACGAGGCGGCCGCGUGCCGGGAGACGAGCACGAGAGUCGUGCUGCUGCUGGUGGACGCGCUGAGGUACGAUUUCGCCGAGUGGCAGGGCGACGAUGAGACGGACGCGCCGCCGUACCACAACAAGCUGCGCGUUCUGCGCGAGCUGCUGGCCCGCGAGCCGGGCCACGCGCGGCUGUGGCGCUUCCUCGCCGACCCGCCCACCACGACGGCGCAGCGCCUCAAGGCGCUCGCCACCGGCAGCCUGCCCACCUUCGUGGACGCCGGUGCCAACUUCGCGGCCCCCGAGCUGCGCGAGGACAACGUGGUGGACCAGCUGGUGGCGCACGGCCGCCCCGUCGUGCUGAUGGGCGACGACACGUGGACGGGCCUGCUGCCCGGGCGCUUCGUGCGCCAGUACCCUUUCCCGUCGUUCGACGUGCGUGACCUGGACUCGGUGGACGAGGGCGUGCGCCGGCACCUGGGCGCCGAGCUGGCGCGGCGCGACUGGGCGCUGCUGGUGGCGCACCUGCUGGGCGUGGACCACUGUGGCCACCGCUACGGGCCGCACCACCCCGAGAUGGCGCGCAAGCUGCGCGAGGUGGACCAGCUCGUCAGGGAGGUUGCUGAAGCCAUGGACAACAACACUCUACUGUUUGUGGUGGGAGACCACGGCAUGACAAGCACAGGGGACCACGGAGGCGACAGCGAGGCAGAAGUGACCUCCGCCAUGUUCGUGUACUCCAAGAGGCCACUACUCAGCGAGGAGCUAGAGGGGCCACUGGAGUCCAUCAACCAGGUGGAUCUGGUGCCGACCCUGGCCGCCGCUCUCGGCGUGCCGAUCCCGUUCUCGAGUCUGGGGCGGCUGGUGCUGGCGGCCCUGCCCUCGUCGGGGGAUGCCGCCCGGGACCGCAGGCUGGCGGCCUCUGCGAUGCGCAGCAACGUGGAGCAGGUGGCACGGUUCGUGGCGGUGCAUGCGGAGCGGUCGGGCCAGUUCCCGGAGGACCAGCUGCAUGCCCUGGCUGACCAGCUCGCUCUCCUGGAGAGGAAUGGGGACAGCCCGGAGGGGCUAGUGCACGAGGCACGGACAUACGUGCGACUGGCCAAGAAGAUGUGCGAAGAGGUGUGGGUUCAGUUCGACACGUGGCUGAUGUCCCGCGGGCUGCUGAUAGUGCUGCUCGCCCUCCUGCUGGUGUACUGGGUGGGUGUGGGCCUGCCCCAGGAGCAGCUAGGGCGAGCACUGGACGGCCGACCGGGCGUGGCAGGCGCCGGGGCGGUGGUGCUGGCCGCGGUGUGCGGGGCCCUGUGGAGCCCGGGCGACCGCGUGACGGUGGCUUGCUCCUGGUCGGGGCUGGCAUCCCUGCUGGUGUUGGCAGGCGUGGGCUGGCAGCAUCGCCGGGAGAUAGCGGCGCACCACGAGGCACGUCGGGGCCUCUCGGACAGCCUGGUGCUGGCGGCCAGCCUGUGCGUGUCGCUGUCCAACAGCUACGUGCAAGAGGAGGCGGGCGUGCUGAGCUACUUGCUGCUGACGGUGGUGUGGCUGCAGCUGUGGCGCGGGCGAGCGAGCCCGGUCGCGGCCGCGCUGGUGCUGGGGCUGAGCGUCGCGGUGCGGCUGUCGCACGCCUUCUGGGCCGGCCGGGACGGCCAGCGCAAGCCGCGGCCCUCCGCCGUGCUGGUGGCUCCCGUGGCUCUGGGACUGGUGGUGACCGUGGCUCGCAUGUGGAUGCGCAGCUGUGGCAACCUGGUGGGGUUCUCGCCCACCGUGGUGGUGGCGCGCUACCUGCCCAGCGUGGUGGUGGUGUGCACGGGUGGCUACUGGGCCCUGCAAGGCCUGCCUCGUCGCCUGCUGCUGCCUUGGCACCUGCAGCUGCUGCCCUGGGUGGCUUACGCCCUGGUGGCGAUCGCGCUGGUGUGCCUGUGUGCGCGCCCCCUGUGCGUGUUCUGCGCGCCCCAGCGAGAGGUGACCUACGGGCAGGAGGACGCAGUGCCACGCCUGUUCCAGCACGUGAAGGAGCUGAUGCAGGAGGGGGACGAGCGGAGUACGCCGGUGGUGUACGGCCUGGCAACUGCGUACAGUGCUGCCUUCGGGGUGGCAGGCUUGUUUGUGUGCCUGUUGGCAGCCCUGCUGUUGGGCAGCGUGUAUGCCCAGGGCCUGGUGCUGUUCGUGGCGGCAGAGGUGCUACUGCUGGUCGUGAUGACGGAGCUCCGGCCAGAGGCUAAACUCUCAGUCGGCAAGGCGGUGGAGGUGCCCUGGGGAUGGGUGCUGUGCCAGUCGCUGCUCUCCGCCUACUUCUUCUACGGCACGGGUCACCAGCCCUGCUUCCCGGCCAUCCAGUGGGAGGCGGCCUUCGCGGGCGGGGCAGGGGCGCCCCUGGGCCUCCAGGCGCUCCUCGUGGUGGUCAACACCUUCUGCUCGCAGCUGGUGGCGGGCCUGGGGCUGCCCCUGCUGCUGGUGGCCCCGCUCUCCGCGCUGGCCUCCCGGGGCCACGGGGAGCUGGCGCUGCUGCGGCACCGCGACCUGCUGUUCGCGGGGCUGUUCCGCCUCUGCUGCAAGUACCUGCUGCUGGCCGCCGCCAGGGUGUUUGGGAGCAUGAUGGCCGCAGCAGUGCACUGCCGCCACCUCAUGGUGUGGGCGCUGUUUGCCCCCCGGCUGGUGUUCGAGGCGGUGGGGCUCCUGGUGACGGUACCGAGCGUGCUGCUGGGGUACUUGCUGGUGCUGCGCGUCACCCACUGCCUGGAGCGGCUGCUGCAGCAACUCAGCUGAUGGAUAAGACGCUGUGGAGACACUUGCUGUGCCCUCAAGUGGGCAGACAUCGGUAGAGUAGGUGCGGUAGGCUCUGGUUGUAGCUGAGCAUUUUCCCUUUGACCAACUACCACUUAGAAGUAAGUGCUUGUGUGUGCGUGUGCAGAACUCUGCUUCCAUAGAGCUGCGCUUGAAGAGAUGGGGUAGCAGUGCCUGCUUACCAACACUGCCAUUCUUCUUACUACUCUAGUGUACUAGGCUACAUAUAAUGGUGCUGUGAUUGGGUAACAGCCCAUUAUAAUAGUGUCUCCUCUGAUAUGGCUACCUGUGUCGAAUGUUUGUGAGAGUUUAUCAAGUAGAUUUCAUUUGUCUACAUAUUUUUUUGUUUUUAGUCAUAAAAAAAUAUAUGGAAUUUCCUUUUGCCAGUAGAUUCUUGAGAGGUAAAAAAGUAAAUGUGUUAGUUGUGUUUUCUGGGAAAUAAGUAGUGUGAUAACUAAGUGAAAGGUUGGUUAGUACUUAAAAUCUUUAAAAUCAUAAUUUUUGCUUGAUUAAUUUAGCAGACACAUAACAAGUCAUAAUUGUGCCCGGGUAAGACAACGACUGUUCCUUGCACAAACAAAAACACUUGAGAAUCACUCUACGACUAUUGCAGGUAGUGGGGUGUACAAUUAUAUUGAUGAUUUAAAUAUUAUUUAUUUAUUUAUUUAUUUACAGUUGUACAUAUAUUUAUAACUUUCGGUAAUUGAACUUAAAUAAAAGAGUUUAGAAUUAAACUUUUAACCGACGAAAAUUUAAAUCGCUGAGCUACUGAGACGGUGCGACCUCUCGGCCCAGCCCUCAAACAAAGAUAAACGAAACAAAGCACAUUACAAAGCUUACAGAAAAAUUUGCAUAGCUGGGGACUUCUUCCCCAAAAUUCUGCUUUCCUAUUGGCUACAACACUUAUUCUUACAAUUACUGUUCAGUGGUUCCCCGUUCAGCAGUCUUUCCCCCUGUUCUGUCACUUGCCUCUGUCUUUCUCUUUAUUGUCUAUCAUUUCGGCGCUGCUGUGUCGCAGCAUGGCUAUCUUUCUUUAUUUUUACCCACUGUCUUACGUUCUAGACACAUCACAAACACAUCAUGAAUCAUAUACAAAAAUUAUUUAUAAAAUGAUCAUUUAAUUGAAAUAAAACUUUGAAAUCACACUUACAUAAAUAAUAACCUAGCCAGCGAAGUUAAAACCAGUAAAAAAUAUAGUUCACAGGCUUUUCUCAAUAAAAUAAUUAAAUAUCACCAUUAUGUUACGGGGCCACUCGUGGCGGCACCUCUUAAUACGGGGGCCAUAGUCUCUGAUAUUUACUGAUUAAAUUGUAAUGCGUGCUUGGGUUUUAUGGGCGCCACCGUGCCACGUGCACGGACCGAUGUGAGACUCUUUCUCAGGGUCGUGACGUCGCCCAUGUGAGGCGUGAUUUUAAUUUCCCCCUGAAUACACCUAGCAUGAAUCCCUGCCCGCUCUCAGCGUUGGGCACGCUAUUAUUUACGCAGUGGGCUCUCAGGCGUCCCACACGCCUUCACACUCCACGUGGUCGAACAGAUAUAACUAAGAAAAUAAUACAUUUGAUUUACACACCUGAUUUAUUCUGCGAAUGCAACUUACACGAUUGAAACUGUUUAAAACGCCCGCGGCACGAAUCGGUUUAGGUGCGAAGACCCCCACGUUGUCACAUCUUACAUUACGUAUUACCAAAGAGAAAAGACCGUUGCUGGUCGUAAGACAAUUAGUUAUACAGUCCCCCGACCGAGAGGAGCUCCGAGGACGAAAAGAAAACGAUUUAUACGGAAUUAAAUUGAAACAGAAUUACUUGGCGGUGAAACAAGCGGUGAGGUCCCCGGAGUGCUGAAGCGUCUACUCUCGGUCGUUGAUGGCGGCGGACUGUGAUGAGAUCAUGGCUCGCUCGACUAACAUGGCGUCCUCCCGCAGAAACAAUUGCAGUUAGAUAUUAAUGAAUUUGUGCCACGGGAAACUAAAUUAACAUGACAAGAAUGAAUUAAAAAUUAUGUGAGAAUUUUUGAAUAAAGAGAAAAGAUUGUACAAAUUAUAAUUAUUAAGAUUUAAAUUUAAUUAUUGUCUGACUUCAGGUUUCCUCGGGAAUGUCCGGAAACGCUAUGAUAUUUUAAUACAUUAUUUUAAAAUAAAAGUACAUAAAACCCUCCCGGCCAAUCUGCCGUCACGUUGCACUUAGGGAAUAUAAAAACAAAUAACACAAUUAUAUAUACUUAUGUUUUAGGGGUGCGGCGCACUGGCUCGACAGCGCCCUCUUGCCGGGCGAGCACACACGCACGCACACGUACGCACGGGUAGGCGGGAGGUUUGAAUGGAGUGUGGGUGGUGUUUGGGCGGUGGCAUAUCGGGCUUAAAAGGGGCCGCAGGCCCGGACGAUGUCAAUUAAUUAUCAGAAUGUACUGAUGACAGGUCUUGCAAUGUUACAAACUUACCAACCUUUCACUUUAGUUACUAUUAACCUUAUUUUCCAGAAGCAGUGUGAAAUUUUGGAGUUGUGAGAAAACCAAAAAAUGGGAUUCAAGGAAAAUUUGUCCAGCAAUGUUUAGACCUGAAGGCUGAAGGUAGUGAAAUGCUUCAGUACACUUUAGUGUAUGGAGCUCUGGCUCACCUGCCAUGUUGGAUUUUGGUUUUUAUUUUGUCAGGUUUAAAUUUUUUAUGAAGAAAUAUGUAAAAACUCAGACUUUCGAGCUUAAGAUGUAUGCAUUCCCUUGCUUAAAAUAAACCGAAAAUUAACUUAUACUAUCUUUAUUAUAAACACUUGCCUGCUAUUUUACAGUAAUAUAGUACUGGUAAAAUAUUAGCAAAACAUAAAAUGCAAUAUUAUAGUGAUAACUUGAUGUAAGUUUUUGGACAUACGCCAUUGCUAAGAGCAAUGGCGUAUGUCCAAAAACUUACAUCAAGUCAUGCACUCCCAUUGCACAAAUCUUUUAAAGAUAACAUUAUAGUGAUAAAUACAUAGGAUUAUAAAAAUUGCUCUAAAACAGAAAUAUAAACAUGAAACAAGAAAUUCAAAAUGGUGAGUGAUACAGAGCCGUAAGUUAAUAAUAUUGAAUGCUGAUUCAGCUACUUUUGUCACAAUUUUCACUUUAGUUUCACCGUUUUUGUGGAUUUAUUCCUGUUUAUCAACAGGAGAGUCACGACUAACAUAUAUUGAGUAGUGGGCAGUGAAUUAUUGCAGCAUCCUCUUCCCCUUUGCACCAUUACAGGAAGCUCAGAUAUAUUUUUAGUACAGUAGACUACCCAUUAUCCGUGCCAAUCAAGGAGAUGCUAGUUAACAUGCUUGACCUAAUAAAGCUUUCAACGUGCACUUUUGUAAGAUUUACUAUGGUCGUUUAGUUGGUAGGUGGACGUCAUACUUUGAAAGAGCAAAUAAAACCACCUCUGGUGUAUAAAAAAACUGAAAUACAAAACUGUGUCUGUGUGUGGCAUAGCAAUUUGAUCAUACUUCAUACAGUUAUCUGUAACUCAAUUAGACUCACUUGUGGGAGUGGAGAGAUGGGUAGACGAGAUGAACAAUUAUGAGACUGCCGAUAGUCAGGUACUCUCUAUUGGCAAAGGUAAGAAAGAGAGUGAACUGUCUUCUAGCUGAGCGCCAGCAUGAGUAGUGUUACUGGAGUCAUUAUGAACCACCCUAAUUGCAUUAAAACAAUUUUUUUUUCAUAGAACACUUAUGCGAAUUGGUUAACAUUAGUGACGAUGAAACUUCUGUAUUUAAUCACAUAUUGAUAUUUUAUAUUUUAUACACACACUCACACUCACACUCACUCUCUCUUUGCAUUGCUCUUUUUUUCCAUUUUGGCUUGGGAUUUCUUGGUUACCAAAUAAGCGUAAGCUAUGGUUCUGCAGGAGAUGCGAAUAAGCCACAAAGUGGUUAAUCCACCUAUGGAUAAUCAAGAGUUGACCGUAGCUAUUUAUAGCAAAACACUCAUACUUAUCAACACUUAAAUAUUGUGCACUGUCUAGCAAACAGAUCUUAUCCAGGCACAUUAUCAUCUAACUAAGAACGUGCUGUAAUUUAAUAAAUUAUGUACAUUGGGCAUUUUACUGUGGUAUCAAGACUUGUAAUUUUCUGUGGUAUUAAAUAUGUAAAUACACACAUUAAAAAAAGGUCUCCGCCCAAGCCAGGUCUUUCCUACACAUGCUAAAUUCUAAAUUUUGGUGUUAGUUCUAUGUUCCUCCCUCCCCCACACUCCUUCACAACUUUUCAUUUAUCUGUGUGGUCACUCAUUAUGUAGGUUACAACUGGGAAGGUGUUCAGGUGUGCUUAACUCGUGAGUUUGUUGUGGAGGUCAUGACACUUUUUGCUGCUACACUUUUAAUAUUUCAAAUCAUAGAUUAGCUGAUUAUUUUCGUCACAUUUUGCUUGUUUUUCUAACUUGUUAAAUAUACCUAUAAAUGUUUAUCAUUGUUAAUGUUAAAUUAAUUAAUCACAUGUGGGACUGAUUUUCUAGAAUGCUGUUAAAGUUGUUACAGAUUGGCCUAACUGUAUAAUCAUAUUUUGUUGAAAACGUUGGCCAUUUUUUGAAAGAAUGAUGUCUGCUAAAAUAUAAGGAUUUUUUUUUUCUAACAAAUCAUAAAUAUAAUUUUGUUGUUAAUAAGCUACUGAGCUGCUUUCAAGAAGCAACAUUUUGCACUGUAUAACUUACCCUAAACAUCCCUUAGGUAUCUACUGCUUGCCCUAUUUGAAUGGGUUAAUGUUGAAUAUGUGUACAGACUACAUGACCACUGUUAUUAUACGUAGACUUCAAAGAUACCUGACAAUACAUUGUUUUCAGUAUUUAUGAGAAAUGUUUGGUAAUGCAAAGUUAUUAUUGAAAGUAGGUGUGUUCCAUAAACAAUAGCAUGUGCAUGACUAACUAACUGCACAGGCAGAGAGAAAACAAAAAAUGGUAAGUCAGGUGCAUCUGCAUGAUUUUUAAAAUUUAUUUAGUUGCAGUUUUUUUUAUUUCCAGAGUUUUGUUUUGUAGGUGCAUCUGCAUAAUAUUUUCGUAGCACUUCCAGAUGUCAUACAUAUUUAGGGCAGAAUUAUGUUUUCGACAGAUAUGUUACUUUGUGUAUUUGAACGAACCACUGAGACAUAUUUAAAAAUUUAUAGAAUUGUUGUUUUGUUCUUUAUAUUUUGAUAGUAUUUGAAUUAGUAGUCAGUGAACUUUUUUGUGUUUUUGAGAUGAUGCAUGCAUUGUGCUUAUCUUAUAUACUAAAGUUUAAAAUAUUUUGAACAAAUUGUAUUACUUCAAACAAAUUCUUUAAAAUAUUUUAUUGAAUUUGUUUGAAGUAAUCACAGUUCACAGAAUAAAAAUAGCAAGGGUGUCUAUUUUGUAAAAUUUUAAUAAAUUACCUUUUAAAUGAAAAAAAUAUAUAAGUUCUAAUGAAAAACUUUAAAUUUUUCAUGAUGUGGCAAAAAAGUUAUGAGAAUUUUCUUAGACUUAACAUUGUUUAACAAACAAAGAAAUUACUUCCAUCAUUUGUAGCACAUCUGGAACCUGUCAGGUGAAUUAAAAUAAAACUGCUAUCUUAUUCUGUGUUCUCUCCAUUCCAUUGCUGCCACUCUCAUAGUCUCUUUUUGUACUCCUCUUCUGUAUAUUGUUCCUUUCUCUUUCUUGGCCUACUUGAGAUCUUCUACAUUUUAAUUGUACAAUACUUUGUUUCGUUUAUUUGCAUUUCAUGGAUUAAGACUAAUUACCGAGAAGUGUCAGAAAAUUUUUGUAAACUGAAAGUAUUUAUAAAUUUCAGGGUUUAAAAGUAGUAAUUAUGUUAAUGAUUAAACUUUAAUUUACACUCAAAUAAUUUAAAUUAUCCUGCAUUUGGUGGUCACAAGAAUAUAAGUUGUUUAGUAGUGUAAUAGUAUAAAUUUCACUCUCUUUUUUUUUUUUAAAUUUUGGUUCAUUUUGUAUCAGUUUUUGACAUUGCCCCUUGAAAAGUAAAAAGAAAAAAGUUUUCACUGUACAUAAAAAGGUAUUUUUCUGUUUUCCUCAUAACUUAAAAUACUUAAAUGCUUAAAUCCCAAGAUUAACGAUAAUCAAUUUAAUCAUUUUACACAAAUAAAAAUCAGCCUAUGCAUUCAUAGUGCAAUAUUGAAACAAAGUUCCAUUCGGGCAACUGGAGAAAAAUGUGCAGGAUAUGAAAUUGAACUAUUUGUGUUUCAAAUUGAAAAUAAUAUUGAUACCUAUAGUAGCACACUUAAAAGAGUGAUAAAUUACGACAUUUUUUAGCUGUUUAAAAGGGUUGGUGCGGAUCAUCUAUGAAAAACUUAUAGACAUGGAAGAACGAAACUGUUGCAUAUUGCUAAGGAAAACUAGAAAGCUGAAUUACCGUUCUUACAAAAUCAUAAGCAUUAUUGUAAAACUUUUAUCUGCACACGAUUCAUGACUUUCAUCUUGCACGUUCCUGUAGUAGCAUCUAACUGAUAAACCUGGAAUCAUGUGAUCUUGGAAGGCUUGUUAGAGGUUUUUGCUGUUUAUCAUAGUCUUGAUUUUUGUGUGACUAAUAAUAGGACAGUUAAAAGAGACAGCACCUGGAAAAGCAUUCACAGACACACCUCUUAUUUUACUGUAAUUUAUGCACUUCAGGUAUUAAAAAAAAAAAGUGUUGGCUUUAAAUGGGAUGUAGCCAAAGAUGUUUGACAAAAAAUAAAUUCUUGGGAAUUUUCCAAUGACAAAAAGGUUGGUAACUCGUAUAAAGGAUGAGAAGUGAAAAUAUUGUUUUUAUCAUAUGAAAUUGUUUAGCUGUCAUUUUAAAUGUUAAUUCUCUACUUAAUUCUAUGUAUUAGAAAAUGUUUCAUAUUAGACUACUUAAAAUAAAGAAAUCAUCACAUAAUAAUUCAUGAAUCAAAUUUAAAUUAAUUGCAUACACUUGGCAGCAUUAUUUAUUUAUUUUUUUUACUAAUCAGUAAUUAUACUUUUUUCUUUUGCUUUUAUUGUUUUAUUUUUUUCCUUAAUUAAAUGUUCUGAAAUUUUCUAGAGUUUUUAGUGUUAAAAUUCCAAGUUUGACUGUAUUUCAUCAUUCUGGGGAGUUAAAUGUUACAUGAAGAUAAACAUCAAGGGUUCUGAUAUGAUAUAAUUUAUUUUGUUAAUAAAAAAAGUACAAAAAUUUUGAUAUUUUUUAUUUAUAUUGGAAAUGAAACAGUUAAUUAGCAGGUGAAUUAGUAUGGCACAUCAUACAACGAUAUGUUUCACAAGGGUUUUAAUCUGUCUUUGAAGAAAGGUGGUGCACUGCUUCAAAUAUUUUAUUUUUUCAGUGUGAGUUUUCAUUAGGGAUUUUUCAUGAAAGUAAAAGUUAAUGUAUUUUUUAUUGGUCCUAUUUUGUCUCAAAUAUUUGUAAUAAGUUGUGCUUUGGUAUUGGUGUUUGUUUUUUUACGCAGGGCUUUAAUAAAAAUUGUUUGUGUGAGUGAUGUCUUGUGUGAAAUGCUUUACUAAUGUGGUUGGUUAAGGUUGUUACAAUUUCAAUAUUUGUUGUCAUGCACCAAUACCUAUUUUCCCAGUGCCUAUGCAGUAUUUUAAUUUGUAACUACCAGAAGUGUAAUUCUGAAGUCUGUUGUUGUACAUGUUAGUUAAUAAAGUCCCAAUUUUUACAA